AUGAUCUGCGCAACUACCAUUGCUGAUCAUCGUUCGACACAGCGACGACCGUGUGUUCCUCUUGCGCCUCCAUCGUCCUUCCCUGCCAUCCGUCGUCCACCGGCUGUCCGCCUCGCCAAUCCGGUCAAUCACGUUCCGCGGAUCACUCCCGUCACGGUUCUUGCCCAACACUCCGACGAAAGUCUGCCCCGCGGCUUGUCGCGCGACGCAUACCCAUUAUUGACGGUGCCCGAACGCCGACGCAGUCGUCUGUCUCCCUCGCCUGCCUCCCCGACAAGCUUAACGGUCGAGCGCAGCCAAGGUGAGACCGAAAGCCGACACACGAGCGUCGCACUGCCCCCGCGAUUCCAGCGCAGCGAUUCGUUGCUGCUAGCCACGGAGAUGGCCUUUACCGGCAGUGCAGCCCGGGAUGUCGAGAAUCUGCGCGCCCCGGAAGAGGUGCACCUCGGACAGGAUGGCCAUCGCCUCCGCGAUGAGAAUCGACCACGCCACGCCCCCUCCCAGACGUCCCUCCGAUCACAGUCGCAAAUUGCAUCUGUACCAUCUAUCACCGGUCAAGCACCUCCCGAUGUCGCCGACGAGUUAGCCUGGGGUCCCGCGCAUCCCUGCUAUCCACACUUCAACCCUCAUGUCCCUAUCGGCUCGCAAGAGUACCUCACCACACGGGUCAUCCGCAUCCGCCGCGACUGGAUGAUCAAGGGGGACUUGGCGCCCACCUUGUCUAAUCUGUACCCCGAAAUCUUGGAUCCUCUACUGCCGGAGCAAGAGUUUCGCACAGUCAUUGCGACGAUCAACGAGGGCUUGAUUAAGGCCUUUGAUCCGUUCCGUCUGCACAAUUGGUUCGACGGCGCCAUGGGACUCUUGACCGGCUGGAUCUGGGACGAUAUCAAAGCACCCAGCGUCAAGCGUCAGCUGCAGCAAGUUGAAUCGUGGAUCGAGAAGUGGAACCGUGAAAUCGGAGCCAAAGAUGGGGUUCACAUAUGGAGUCUCCGACGGACAGCCUACAUGUCGCUAGACAUUCAGAUUCCCGACCCUAAGGUGGGCAUUGCACCGAGCGAGGGUCCCUCAUUGCCCAAUACGAGGCCCAGCACCGGGGCUGGGCCGGCUCUAUGA